AAGGAUGAAUGAGGUGAAGGAGACCCUGCGCACCGUGGAGCAGCGGUACCGGCUCUUCCAGCAGCAGCAGUUCACCUUCAUCGCGGCCCUGGAGCACUGUCGCGACAACGCCCACGACAAGAUCCGGCCCAUCUCCACCAUCGCGCAGGUGCAGACCUACAUGGAGCACCACUGCGGAAGCUCCACCUACCGCCGCAUCCUCUGCAUGUUCCUGGACAUCUGCACAGAGCUGGCCAGACUCUGCCAGCACCUGGAGGGCCUGCACGCGGGCACGCCGGUCACCAGCAACAUCCUGGACAAGUGCAAGACGCUCAUCAGCCCGAGCCACGACCUGAGCAGCCUCCGAGCCAAGUACCCUCACGACGUGGUGAACCACCUGAGCUGCAACGAGGCCAGGAACCACUACGGCGGCGUGGUGAGCCUCAUCCCGCUGGUGCUGGACCUGAUGAAGGAGUGGGUGGCGCACUCGGAGAAGCUGCCGCGCAAGGCCCUGACGCACGUGAGUGAGUCCCGGCUGUACCAGGAGGCCGGCUACCCGGGCCCGCCCGCCCGCCGCCAGCCCUGGGCCCGGCUCCCGUGCAGGCUGCGCAUCCGAGAAAAGCUUAGGGGGAAGAAGCAGAGCAUGCGGCCGCCCUGGAGACCGCCCGGCAGGGGCCUGUAGCCCCCUCUGGC